AGUAAACCUUGUGAUCUUGUUUUGCAUUGGUCGUCAAGGCUGAGACGAGCUGAGACAAAAAUAAGAGUUUUAUGUGAAAAAAGACAUCCCACAGGGCUCUUGGUUCAUGAAGGAGGCUUGAUUUGCCGUGUCAAUGAACGGGAAAAGGAGGUAUCUCCUCAAUGGAAUGGACAUGGAGACUGCAAACAAAACUUUUGAUUUCAAGUAGUAAAUUAUUGAGGUGCUUAUAGACGAAGAGCUCCAGACCUCAGCAUGGACGCCACGGACAGUGUGGGAGGAUGGGGUGAAGUGGGGGACACCUUCCACAUGACGUACCGAGGGAAUUCUGAAAUUGAUCGUCAUUAUUCAAAGCCCAUGCUGCCAUGGAUCAUUUCGGAGAUAAAGAACCGUCAUAAAGCAGUUCAAGUCACAGUUGAGAUAACCAGAGGGAACAUUACAAUGCGAGACACAUCUGGCGUAGUGCUCUUAAACCACACCGUGAAGCAAAUUCAUAAGUGUGUCAUGGAGCAAGCAGACCACACAUGUUUCCUAUAUACACUCAAGCCUUCAGACAAGGAGCUAGGUCUUGUGAGUGGAGCUCCAGGCUACAUGGCUGCCUCAGAUCCAACUGUUCCUGUACCAGCAAAUUUUAGUGUUGAUCAGAACUAUCAGUGCCAUUUACUCCAGGCUGAAAAUGAACAGGAGGUGCGAAACUUCUUCACUUGUCUGCGUCAGCAACCUAGAGAAGUUCAGAACUCGCAAGAAAGCAGUUCAGUAAAUUCCCUGAACUCCCUUCCAGAUCUUUAUGUGCAUAAUGAGUCUCAGUUCUUUGAGGUGCUGUUUGUGGGUAGGGUUAAAGUGUCUCACUCCAAGGUGCCUCCUUCAUUUAUUGAUGAAGCGAUAGCAGCAUUUAAAGUGCGUGAAAGGACACGUCAGCGACAUGCUUCAGGAGGAGAGAGUGGUAACAUACAGCCAAAUAGUGCUGCUAUAGCAUAUCAGCAAGAAGGCAGUGGUCUAUCUGUACCAAAUAUUGUAUUCUCCAGUUUCUGUGACUCAGACAUUGAGCCUCGCAGUCGUAGUAACUCCAGGGAUCUGGGGAAAAUUCUCUUACCAUCAAGCCAAGGCAAAGAAAAAGACCAGGAGAACAAAGAGCCCCACAAGGCUGCCAAAGUACGAUUCUCACUCUGGGGGAAUGCAGAUCACCCAUCCGUCUCGAGCCAUCAUCAGGCUCCCCUACCUCAGGCCGAGAGCCCCCCUGCUGUGGAGAUGGUGACAUACAGGUCUACCAGCCUCAACGCUGAAACUGAAGCGGCAGCUAGUCAAAGGUUUGACAAUCAACGAGACAAAGAAGACACCUCAGAAUCUGAUGAAACAUCUGCUCCAGAGUUGUCCGUUGUUGAGCCAUUUCGACAGCGCCUGAGAACAAUUUCUGGAGAUUCUAGUCAGUUAUUUCGCAGGGCACCAACUGCACCGGAACAUGGGAUGCGUGCUCGAGCUGGUUCAAUAGGCAGUAUAACCGCAAAACCUAGAGGCAUCCGCUAUAAUGAUUGUGAUUUAAGAAUGCUGAGUCAUGACUUUAACCGUACAAUGCUGUUCCACAUUGGACGGAGUGAAAUCCAGCUGAUUAAUCCAGAGGUUAAGUCAGUUCAGCUCAACAAACACUUUAGAGACAUUGCCCACUGUUGCCAGGGCGUCAAACAGAAUGAUCAUUUCGGAUUCAUUUGCCGAGAGAUAAGCGGUGACACCCCUUGCUACCUUGGAUAUGUUUUUAAGUGCCAGAUCAGCUCAGUUACUGAUGAAAUCAUGCAAGCUCUUAGUAAAGCUUUUGCUGCGGUGCAUGAAGCACAGUUACGUGAAAGACAAGAAAACCUGUUGUGUGAUCAGUGUCCAAUGAGGUGGUUCAGCCAGCUGUGUGCGGAGGUUGAAGGGAUGCCUGCAGCUAAAGCCCACACAGUUAUUAUGAAACGCUUGAAUUCACUGCCAGAAGAAGAUCGGACCACCCUUAUUGCAAAAUAUGAGGGGGCAGAGGUUUCAGAUACUCAGGCUCAGAAUAAUAUUCUGAUGAUGCUCCUCAGAGCUCAUUUUGAGUGCAAGCAGUCGACUCACACCCACACUGCCCUACCUGGUGGUGGAGUUAAGCCAGAUUUCCAUAUAGGUGCAAAUUUUGAGUCCUCCAUACGUCGAGCCAAAAAGAGCCUGGCAACAUCUUUCAACCAGUUACUGAAGCGGGAGGGACGAGAAAGUGAGAGUGCUGAACGAGAGGGAUCACCUGCAGAGGAUCAGUCAUCCAGCUCAUCUGGGAGUAGCUCUGGGGAGAAGCACCAUACCUCAACCACAACCCCCCCAAAAGUGCGCAUGGAAGGCCUCAGUGACUCCCCCCUUGGCCAUCGUCACCGGCCUCGUUCAUCUACCGUCAGUUCCUCUGGUGGAGAUUCCAUGAGGCGUGAGUUCCUUGCCAAACGGGCAGCAGCUAAGCAGAAGAUGAUUGCUGAGAAGGCAGCUAAAGAGAGUGCACCUGUUAGUCCAAAAAGAAAUAUUUUUAUGAAGGUGGGAUCAUCAAGUUCACGAACUGAGGAGGAACACAGCUCGGAAGGAAAGAACAGUAGUAAGUCAUCGUCUUCUACUUCAUUCAGACAUGCCAUUCUUCAGCGUGUGGUGUCUCCUUGUAACAAAACAGAAGGACAGGAUCAGGCACGAGGCCAGUUAGAAAAGCCUUUGGGAAAGAGAUCAAUAGCACAAUUAAAAGUGAUCUGGAAGAAAGCAAUAUUCCAGCAGAUUCUUCUUAAUAGAAUGGAGAAGGAAAGCCAGCGCAUAAGAGCUUACCAGCAAGAGGUAGCCCUUUUGCGAGUACGGUUAAAUUAUGAUGAAGAAGACCUCCCUCGGGAGGCUGUACAGGCUUGGGAAUUGAUGCUCUCCAGACCUCAUGUCAGAAUUGAUUCAAACAUCCUCCAUAGUGGUGUUAAGCAAGGUGUCCCAAAAGCAGUUCGUGGGAAUGUCUGGGAGCUCCUUGUCCACCAACACAUAGCACGGAAUCCAAAAGCUCUGCCGCAAGUACCUAAUUACAACACACCUUUUGAGAGCAUGAUCAAGGACCUCACAUCACAGCACCAUGCUAUACUCAUAGACUUAGGUCGUACGUUCCCAACCCAUCCUUACUUCAUGCAGACUCUUGGGCCUGGUCAGCUGGCCCUUUUCAAUGUCCUAAAGGCUUAUUCACUUCUUGAUAGUGAUGUGGGUUACUGCCAAGGCCUUAGUUUUGUUGGAGGUGUUUUGUUGCUACAUGCAGAAGAUGAAAUUGCCUACAAUCUGCUCAAACAUUUAAUGUAUGUAAUGGGAUGCAGACGUCAGUACAGACCAGACUUCAUUGGUCUUCAGGUACAAAUGUAUCAACUCUCACGCUUGUUACAUGACCAGCUACGGAAAUUGUAUGACCAUUUGGAGAGCCAUGAGGUUACACCCCAGCUUUUUGCUGCUCCAUGGUUCCUGACGAUGUUUGCUUCACAGUUCCCAUUAAGUUUUGUUGUUCGUGUAUUUGAUUUAUUAUUCCUGGAAGGGAUGGAAGCCAUCUUUCGUGUUGCAUUAGUGUUGCUAAGAACUCAUGAAGAAGCAUUGCUGGCAUGUGAUUCAUUUGAGCAGAUCAUGGAUUACAUGAAAACAACCAUGCCCAAUGUUCAACUCUCUCAGCAAGGAAACAUUAUGUCUCAGGCUUGUGAAAUGUCAUUGAGCAGAGAACUCCAUGCUUAUGAAGUUGAGUACCAUGUACUCCAGGAAGAGCUGGCUCUCUCUCCCCAGAAAGAUGCAGAUUUCAAGAAGCUUCAAGAAGCCAAUAGAAACCUUAAGAGACAAAACUUAGAUUUGUUAGAACAGCUUCAUCAUUCAAACUCACAGCAACAUGCACUUGAAACUUCAAACCAGAGCCUGCAGCAAAGUCAGCACCAUCUGGAGGUGAGGGUUAGAUGGCUUGAACUCGAGCGUGGGAACCUGAAACAAUUAGUGAGCCUUCUGUCGCAAAAGGUUUCUCCUGAAGCCUUGGCUGAAAUUCCUCCUAACUUACAGCGGUUCUUGCCUACAGAUGCUUUGAAGCAACAGCCUGAAAAGAAAGAGAACCUAGAGCUGAAGAUCAGUGAGCCAGAGGACAGGGAAUCUUUGAGGGAGAGCGACGAUAUCUCCUCAUCUCUUCCAACAAAUGACUUCCUCCUGGCUCAUCAAGCUCAUCAGACUCGAACGAUGAGCAUGGACUAUGGUUCAAUGCAGAGAUACAUCAAACAUCUUGUUCACAAUGAUUAGGAGGCUUAAAGUUCAAUUUCUUAGGAAUGUCUAUAUAUUAGGGGCAAAUUUUUUUCUCAUCUUCUUAUUUAUUCAAGAAAGAGAGAGGUAUUUAUGCUGGACCAUCUUUAUAUUGGAUGUGAUUUGACCAUGACUGAAGAGCAUUAUAAUAGUAUAUCUAAUAUUUAGACAAUUAUUAUUCAGCUAUUUAAAGGGGAAUAUACUGUUAAAAUUUAGGCUUUUGACAGCAGCAGAUGUUGGGUUAUUUUAACCUUUUGUCAAGGAAGAUAUUCAGGAACAUUUAUAAGAGUAUUAAUUGUAUAUUUUAGUGUCUGUGAAGAGGCUGUGUGCCAAAGAAUGAAUGAAGAUAAAUAGUUGUGCUCUAUAUGUAAGAGAAUGUUAAUAUGCAGUUAAAACUAGACAGCUUUUGCCAGUUCAUUGUAACAAUGUGCUUUAAAUGUGAACUGAAAUGUUACAUUAAUAAACAUGUACAUAUUUGUGUGUUAUGUUAACAAAUAAAGAGUGGUUUAAGUAUCAUAUACAAGAGUGUGCAACAGUAAAUCCUGGUGUAUGUUGUAUAGUAAGCAGCAAAAGUAGAAAUAAAAACUGUUCAUUAGCAUAGAAGGUUUUGAAGUGGGAGAUUAAAUUUCUCCCAAAUAUGAUAUGAUAACAUGUAGAUAAAUUUCCUUGCAAGAGAAGACAUAACAGAGCCAUUCAGGUUAUCUGUUUAAUGCUUGUGAAAAUUGUAAAGGAGAGGUUCUGAUGCAUUGAUAAUGUAUGUAAUAGUUGUAUUUUUUAUUUUGGUAUAUAAAAGUUUUAUAUUUAUUAGCAGUUUGUAGAAGCCUUCCUAGGACAUGAAGAUUGUGUAUUUGAUAUGUACUUUAUUUUUUUCUAACAAGUUCAUUUGUUUUUUGCAUUUACAAGUUCAGUCCCUUCCACUUGCAAACUCACCACUUAGCAUUAGCAAUGUGUGUACAACUGGUUUUGAGACUUGUAUCUGUAGACAUAUUCAGAUGUGAGUCAAGACUGGUGGCUCACACAAUGGCAAUGCUGAAAGGUAAACAUGGAAGUGGAGGAGACUACCAUGUUUUCAGUUAUGCAUUGGCAGUUUUAUCAUUUUCUUUCCCAGUUCUUUCUGGAUUGUCUUAUUAUUUUUUUGUUUCCUUUCUAAGACUUACUGUCUGGUGCUAAUGCUUAUGCAUCUGAAAAAUAUUGCAGUAAUUUUGAAGUGCAUGACUUAGUGUGAAUAUGAAUGCAUUCUCAUUUAGAUUUGUGUGGCCUCAGGAAAUGGUGGAAUGGCUCUCCGUAAGUGUGACGUAGAAUGUUACAAUAUUUUUUAGUGUUUGCUUUAGAUUCUAACUCGAGACAGGAAUUACAGAUUUCACUGUAACUCCACAAUUUUUACAGUAGAGGUGUAUAAUUUAUGAUAUGAUAGUGAUAGUGUGUGCUGAUGUGAAUAUACCCAUUGCUUUUUUAUAUAAUCUUAAGAUUUGAAAGAAAUAUUAAAAAUAACACAGCAUUUGCACAGAAAUUCAUCUAGUCAAGAAUUGUUUUCAAUAUGCAGUUAUUUAUGCAAAAUAUAUAUGUUUAACUCUCCCCUUUAUUUAAUAUUUUCAUUUUGCAUGUCCAUUUUUGUGUCAUAAAACAUUUUAUUCAAGAAAAAUGCUCAAGAUAAUUGGAAAAAUUAUCAAUUUACUGUUAUCCAUUCUGUUUCGAGGGAUCUAUUAAGGAAAAUAUUGCUCCAUUGCUAACCUUACUGUUGGGUCAUCGGUUGACGUUACCAGGAGAAAUAAAUGUGUUUUGUGUAAAAGGUCCAGAAUUCAUGAAAGAAUUCAUGUUUUACUGUUACUGGGGAUUGUUCCCUAACUAUCCUAGCUUAGAUCUACAUAUUUGAAGUUUGAUAAAAAAAAACUUUUUAUCUUCCCAUAAAGUUCAAUAUUACUUACACCAGUAGUAUCGAUAGUAACUGUAGAAUUUGCAGUAAGUAUUAUUUUUUAAAGAUACUGUCUUAAAGAUAUGCUCUUUAGAUUCAUGCAGAAUUGAGGGUGGUUUCAGCAAUGGCAAUUUAAAGCUAAAAGUGUACAUAUUAAAGAUAGUAACCAAGUCUUGUAAGCUAAAAUUAUGUAGACUUACAAAAGAAACCAGAAAGAGGCAAGACAGUAACCAAGUCUUGUAUUAUAAAAUUAUAUAGACUUACAAAAGAAACCAGAAAGAGGCAAGACAUUAAUAGCAAUUAUUGACUAUUUGCUGAACACUAUUCACCAACUAGUCUGAUCUGUGCUCCUUGUCAGAGUUGAAGGUCAAGCAUUUGCUCUUAAGUGUGUCUGUCUGAUCUAGUUUUAUGAAAACAAAAUUACCCUUUUUCUAUGUAUAGCGUUAUUCUGGAGAAUAAAGAACAGCUUUCAUAAUCAUUUGGGCAACAUUACUUAAAGAAAGGUAGGAGUGCUCAUAUAUUUGUAAAUCAUUUGCCGUUUCACUGAUGAAAUCAUAUUUUUGAUUAAGGGACAGUUGAUUUUAUUCUGACAUUGGUGUUGAUAUUUAUCAUUUUAUGAUAUUUAAUAAAUGGAGGAAUGUAUUAGUAAAGGAAAUUGGCAACUGCAAUACUAGAGCAUUAGAAUGACUGGAUGCUGCACCAUGAAUUAGAUUUGGACAAACCCAUCGAUAGAGGUCAUUUGGUAUAAUUAUGGUACUAGUCUUAAUAAAUAUAAUUUUAUUUGAUGACAUUUGUAGUAAACAUGUGUUAUUAUAAAAAAUAUAUAUAUACAUAGAUCCCUGUAAAAUAAAUUUUGAUGCAAAAGGA